AUGGAUGACUGGGAGGACGAGCAAAUUGCACCACUUCCAGCAAAACCACCUCCUGUAAAGCCUGCUCCCGAAAAGGCUCCUAAGAAAGCAGCAUCAAAAACCCUUGAAAAGAAGGGUAAAGCAGCCGAAGUUCCAAAAGAAACACCAAAGGAAGAACAUGUAGAUCCUAUUGCUGAGAAACUUCGCCAGCAGAGGCUUGUUGAGGAAGCCGACUACCGAGCAACUGCUGAACUCUUUGGAGCAAAGGAUGAAGAAAAAAGCCUUGAUAUGUUUAUCCCCAAGUCUGAAAGCGAUUUUUUGGAAUAUGCUGAAAUGAUUUCUCAUAGGCUUAAACCAUAUGAGAAAAGUUAUCACUAUAUUGCCCUACUCAAAGCAGUCAUGAGACUUUCGGUGACCAACAUGAAGGCAGCAGAUGUUAAAGAUGUUGCUUCCUCCAUUACAGCAAUAGCAAAUGAAAAACUAAAGGCUGAGAAAGAAGCUGCUGCCGGCAAAAAGAAGACGGGUGGGAAGAAGAAACAACUUCUUCUAGAUAAACCCGAUGACGAUUUAGUGGCUGGUCCUUAUGAUGCCAUGGAUGAUUUCGACUUCAUGUAG